AUGGCGUCCUCCUUGAUGUGCUGAUGAGAGUUUUACUGCAGCUCCAAACCAGAGGGCAAAACUCCCUUCACCCGAAAAGCCCACAUUAUCUAUUUUCUCCGGGAGUCCACGUCGGCCGUUUCUCAGGACUCGUUCUCAGGCAGGAGAGAUCCACGGAGUCGGAGGCCAGGACCAGCCAGGCCUCGCGGACCCGGGGCUGAGGAACCGGCUGCGGGCGAGCACGAUGGGCCGGUCCUGGCUCUGGUUGCAGCAGCUCAGGCGAGUGCGGGACCCGCAGGGCUGAGAGCGGCCGGAGGACAUCCGAGGUGCUCUGAACCUGUUUCUCUCGGCCGGAGACCUCAGCCCAGGCGGCCCAGUCGGCGAACCGGCACCGAGAGCGGGCGGCUGGCCUGUCCUGGGAUCUGCUGAGGCGUCGGAGGCCGAGAGCAGGGUCACCGUGAGGCCUCAAGUCUCUCACGCUUUUGACAGCUCCGCUCGCGGCCCCUCCGGGACCGUGCAGCCUCAGAAGCAGCCAGUGGCUUGGGGCCUGAGGGUGUGUGUGUCUGUGCGGAACUUCGCGGGCUGCCCCAGUCCCCACCAGCUCUUCCCACCCGCCUUCGACUUCCCGCGCAGAGUUAGACAUAGGAUCUCAGACUUGUGUCCGAGUACGGGUCUCCGCAACCUCUCCGUUCAUUUAUUUUACGACUCCCCUUUUUUUCUAUUUCUUAUUUCACCAAUUCUGGUACAAACUAGUUUUUAAGGCUGGAGGUUCUCGAGCGCUUGUUGCCAAGGACUCCUCCACCUCCUCCCCCCGCAAUGGAGUCCGAAAUGCUGCAGUCGCCUCUUCUGGGACUCGGGGAGGAAGAUGAGGCCGACCUUACGGACUGGAACCUGCCUUUGGCUUUUAUGAAGAAGAGGCACUGUGAGAAAAUCGAAGGCUCCAAGUCCUUAGCUCAGAGCUGGAGGAUGAAGGAUCGGAUGAAGACGGUUAGUGUUGCCUUAGUUUUGUGCCUGAAUGUCGGUGUGGACCCUCCAGAUGUGGUGAAGACCACACCGUGUGCGCGGCUAGAAUGCUGGAUUGAUCCUCUGUCCAUGGGUCCUCAGAAAGCUCUGGAAACCAUCGGUGCAAAUUUACAGAAGCAGUAUGAGAACUGGCAGCCGAGGGCCCGGUACAAGCAGAGCCUUGAUCCAACUGUGGACGAAGUCAAGAAGCUUUGCACGUCUUUGCGCCGCAAUGCCAAGGAGGAGCGGGUCCUCUUCCACUACAACGGCCACGGGGUGCCCAGGCCUACAGUGAACGGGGAGGUUUGGGUCUUCAACAAGAACUACACACAGUACAUCCCUCUGUCUAUAUAUGACCUGCAGACAUGGAUGGGCAGCCCGUCCAUCUUUGUCUAUGACUGCUCCAAUGCUGGCCUGAUUGUCAAGUCCUUCAAGCAGUUUGCGCUGCAGCGGGAGCAGGAGCUGGAGGUAGCUGCAAUUAACCCAAACCACCCCCUUGCCCAGAUGCCCUUGCCCCCGUCAAUGAAGAACUGCAUCCAGCUGGCAGCCUGUGAGGCCACCGAGCUCUUGCCCAUGAUCCCCGACCUCCCGGCUGACCUGUUCACGUCCUGCCUCACCACCCCCAUCAAGAUCGCCCUGCGCUGGUUUUGCAUGCAGAAGUGUGUCCGUCUGGUGCCUGGAGUCACGCUGGAUCUGAUAGAAAAGAUUCCUGGCCGGCUCAAUGACAGGAGGACUCCUUUGGGUGAACUCAACUGGAUCUUCACGGCAAUCACAGACACCAUCGCAUGGAAUGUGCUCCCCCGGGAUCUCUUCCAAAAGCUCUUCAGACAGGACCUGUUGGUGGCUAGUCUGUUUCGAAAUUUCUUAUUGGCAGAAAGGAUCAUGAGGUCUUAUAACUGCACUCCAGUCAGCAGCCCCCGACUGCCCCCAACAUACAUGCACGCCAUGUGGCAGGCCUGGGACCUCGCCGUGGACAUCUGCCUUUCCCAGCUGCCGACCAUCAUAGAGGAGGGCACUGCAUUCCGGCACAGCCCGUUCUUUGCUGAGCAGCUGACAGCGUUCCAGGUGUGGCUCACGAUGGGUGUGGAGAACAGGAACCCCCCUGAGCAGCUACCCAUUGUCUUGCAGGUGCUGUUAAGCCAAGUGCACCGGCUGAGAGCUUUGGACUUGCUGGGAAGAUUCUUGGACUUGGGCCCCUGGGCGGUAAGCCUGGCCUUGUCUGUCGGCAUCUUCCCCUAUGUGCUGAAACUGCUCCAGAGCUCGGCCCGUGAGCUCAGGCCACUACUCGUCUUCAUCUGGGCCAAGAUCCUCGCCGUGGACAGUUCGUGCCAGGCUGACCUCGUGAAGGACAACGGCCACAAGUACUUCCUGUCGGUCUUGGCAGACCCUUACAUGCCUGCUGAACACAGGACCAUGACAGCUUUCAUUCUCGCGGUGAUUGUCAACAACUACAACACAGGGCAGGAAGCCUGUCUCCAGGGGAACUUGAUCGCCAUCUGCCUGGAGCAGCUCAGUGACCCCCAUCCCCUGCUGCGCCAGUGGGUGGCCAUCUGCCUGGGAAGGAUCUGGCAGAAUUUCGACUCGGCGAGGUGGUGUGGCGUGAGGGACAGCGCUCACGAGAAGCUCUACAGCCUCCUCUCCGACCCCAUCCCAGAGGUGCGCUGUGCGGCGGUCUUUGCCCUCGGCACAUUUGUGGGCAACUCCGCGGAAAGGACAGACCACUCCACCACCAUCGACCACAAUGUGGCCAUGAUGCUGGCCCAGCUGAUCAACGAUGGGAGCCCCAUGGUCCGCAAGGAGCUGGUGGUGGCCCUGAGUCACCUCGUCAUUCAGUAUGAGAGCAACUUCUGCACUGUGGCCUUGCAGUUCAUGGAAGAGGAGAAGAACUACCCCUUGCCGUCUCCAGCCACCACAGAGGGAGGUAGCUUGACCCCAGUACGAGACAGCCCGUGCACCCCCAGACUUCGCUCUGUGAGUUCCUACGGAAACAUCCGAGCUGUCACCACAGCAAGGAGCCUGAACAAAUCUUUGCAGAACCUGAGCUUGACAGAAGAAUCCGGCAGCUCGGUGGCAUUCUCCCCCGGGAACCUCAGCACCAGCAGCAGUGCCAGCAGCACCCUGGGCAGUCCCGAGAAUGAGGAGUACAUCCUGUCCUUCGAGACCAUCGACAAGAUGCGCCGCGUCAGCUCCUACUCCUCCCUCAACUCUCUCAUAGGAGUUUCUUUUAAUAGCGUUUACACUCAAAUUUGGAGAGUCUUAUUGCAUCUGGCUGCCGACCCCUACCCAGAUGUUUCUGACCUGGCCAUGAAGGUGCUCAACAGUGUGGCCUACAAGGCUACGGUGAACACCCGGCCACAGCGCAUCCUGGACACAUCCUCUCUCACACAGUCGGCCCCCGCCAGCCCGACCAACAAGGGCAUGCACAUCCACCAGGUGGGAGGCUCCCCACCAACGUCCAGCAUCAGCAGCUCCAGCCUGACCAACGACGUGGCAAAGCAGCCAGGCAGUCGUGACCUGCCCUCGGGCCGGCCAGGUGCCGCGGGCCCCGUGGGGGCACAGUACACUCCCCACUCCCACCAGUUCCCCCGGACGCGAAAGAUGUUUGACAAGGGCCCAGAUCAGACUGCAGACGACGCAGACGAAGCUGCUGGACACAAAAGCUUCAUCUCGGCCACCAUGCAGACGGGAUUCUGCGACUGGAGCGCCCGGUAUUUCGCACAGCCCGUCAUGAAGAUCCCAGAAGAGCAUGACUUGGAGAGUCAGAUCCGCAAGGAGCGGGAGUGGCGGUUCCUGCGGAACGCCCGCGUCAGAAGGCAGGCACAGCAGGUCAUCCAGAAGGGCAUUACGAGACUGGAUGACCAGAUAUUUCUGAACAGGAACCCUGGCGUCCCCUCCGUGGUCAAAUUUCAUCCCUUCACACCGUGUAUAGCCGUGGCGGAUAAGGACAGUAUCUGUUUUUGGGACUGGGAGAAAGGAGAGAAGCUGGAUUAUUUCCAUAACGGAAACCCGCGGUACACCAGGGUCACUGCCAUGGAAUAUCUGAAUGGCCAGGACUGCUCACUGCUGCUGACGGCCACAGAUGAUGGUGCCAUCAGGGUCUGGAAGAAUUUUGCUGAUUUGGAGAAGAACCCAGAAAUGGUGACUGCUUGGCAGGGGCUCUCGGACAUGCUGCCAACCACGCGAGGAGCCGGGAUGGUGGUGGACUGGGAGCAAGAGACUGGCCUCCUCAUGAGCUCAGGGGACGUGCGGAUCGUCCGGAUCUGGGAUACGGACCGUGAGAUGAAGGUGCAGGAUAUCCCCACGGGUGCAGACAGCUGCGUGACCAGCCUGUCCUGCGACUCCCACCGCUCGCUCAUCGUGGCUGGCCUCGGUGAUGGCUCCAUCCGUGUCUACGACAGGAGAAUGGCGCUCAGUGAAUGCCGCGUCAUGACUUACCGGGAGCACACGGCCUGGGUGGUGAAGGCCUACCUCCAGAAGCACCCCGAGGGCCGCAUCAUGAGCGUCAGUGUCAAUGGAGACGUGCGUAUCUUCGAUCCACGGAUGCCUGAGUCUGUGAACGUCCUUCAGAUUGUGAAGGGGCUGACUGCUCUGGACAUCCAUCCACAGGCCAAUCUGAUCGCAUGCGGCUCCAUGAACCAGUUCACGGCCGUCUACAGCGGCAGCGGGGAGCUCAUCAGCAACAUCAAGUACUACGACGGCUUCAUGGGCCAGCGCGUGGGCGCCAUCAGCUGCCUGGCCUUCCACCCGCACUGGCCUCACCUGGCAGUGGGAAGCAACGACUACUACAUCUCCGUGUACUCGGUGGAGAAGCGCGUCAGAUAGCGGGCGGCUCCCUGCGCCCGGUGGACACGGCGGGCCUGCCGCUGGCUCGGGCACACGGCGUCUGCUGCUGCUCCGCGACCUGAAGACCUGAACGCUGGCUCCGACUUAGCUACUGACACUGGAGGAGGGGCCGGCGUCGCUUCCUCUGCUCUGUCUUCGCUGUCAUGUCUGGAAAGUCCAGGGAAGGGCAGGGCUCGGGUGUGACGUCAGAUGCCCACUGAGAAUCAGCGUCCCGCACCGAGGACUCAGUCCCAGUGCGUCGCAGUCCCUCUCCUGUUCUUUCUUCCGAGAUUUCUAAGGAGGAAACACACUCAUUUUAUUUUCCAUGUGAUCAGAGCACUAGCUACAGAAAAGCUCCAGGACGGAGCCCUGGCGGAGCAGCUGCACACUGGGCUCACACAGCCCCCGUCUGCGGGGAGCGAGCCAGGAGCUGCUGCCGCAGCCAAUCGUCGUGCUCCCGCGGUGUGUGCACGCCAGGGGCGCUUCCAGCAGCCCGGGGAUGCCAGAUGGUCGGGAGACUGAGGAAGGGCAGGAGGGAGACGUCCCUACCAGCCAGUGUGGAAGGAAGAACCCAGCUGACCUCAUCCGCUGGAGCGCACCAGCAGCCGGGAACGAGGGUGCGCCCCUGCACGGCCCACCCUCCCCAGCACCGCCACGUCUUGGGGGUCUGGUUUCACCCCCUCACAAAAGCCCAUUGGCAGGAGCGGGCUCUGCAGCUUUGGACAGAUGAGGUGGGUCCUUGGCCAUUUGGCCUCUGCUCUUCCCCGCCGGCGCCCGCACAGGGGUGCACACGCAUGCAGCCGUCAGGGUCUUCCUGCCUACGCCCACACACUCAGCACACUCGCAGGUGCAGAGGCACCACUGGACCUCGGGGGGUCUGUGGGUGAAUGACAGUCCGGCCUCAGCCCUUUGUGCCCCACGCUGGUGUGACCGAGGUUUGCAUCUUGCGGUCUGUAACACGGAAGGGUUCCGAGGUGAUUGCUUCGGCGUGUGGCUGGGGGUGUGUGUGCGUGCGCGUGCAAGCCUGGGGAGCCACGGGGCAACUUAUCCCCAGGAAGGACAACAGAGAAUGUGCUGAGCACCUGCAGACAGAACACAACCACAGUGAUGAUGUUUUGAAAAGUUCUUUUCCAUUUUCCUUGGGAAUCAGGAUUGUUCAAAGAUGGUGGAGUGAGGUGCAUCACUAAUUCUGCAAUAAGAGGCCAACAGCGGUAAGAGCAUGCGUGAGAGUUGUGACAAAGUCUCGGCUCCCUCGCACUGGAUGGCAGCUCUGCCUUGGCCAAGAGUGUCUUCCAGGUGGAGGGAGCCUGCGGCAGCGCCGGACUCCACAUUGGGGCUGGACGGGGACUGAUGAGGCGGGACAGGAGGCGGCCCUUCUGCUGCCCUGGGAGACAUGUCCUCCUGCCAGGACGAAGCUCUGGAACAAGUCCAUCCCCUGCAUGGGGCGAGCCAGUGGCCUGGGGUCAGGAAGGGCUCCUUCAGCUCUGUGGGUGCUCCAGGUGGUGACACACCAGAAUCUUCCAGAAGCAACAGGCUCUUCCCGCAAACACUGAGAGAGAGAGCUUCUGACCCACCCUAGCUGACUCAGUGGUCCAGCUCCAUUCUAACUACGUGGGUUUCUGUCUGUUUUGAGACAAAACCACCCCCUGACAAAGGACAGAUGGCCCCAGAAGAGGAGCGAGACCCUCCCCUCCCGCCCCGAGCCGGCCCGGCCUGCUGCUGUGUCCUCGCGCGUCUGAUGCGAAAUUCAAUCAUGAAGUUAACCAGGGCUCGAGAGAGCACGACCUAAAGGCUCAUUUAUCUCUAUUUAUUUUACCAGAAGAGAAUUGAAAAAGACUUUGACAAAACAUGGGACUGUGAUGUGAAGCUAAGAGCAACAACAAACAAUAAACCGUUAUAAAAAAUAAAUAAGUACAGAAUUGA